AAAACAGAAAACCUUCAUCUACAAUGGCCCUUUUCGGAUAAGAUUGGACACCACCUGCUGUGGAGCGUCUGACUUGUGUAAUAAUAGAACAUUCACUUAUACAAAUAGAGGUAUGGCGUUUUAAACAAUAUCCUUACGUUUAAAAAAUCUGGGACUCCUAAGCACCGUUUUCAACCCUCCCAACUCUGCAACUGCGAAAACUGAACGCGCUGACAUUUCAAGGCUCUGAGGAUUUGCGCCCGUUAACGAUGGGUACUGGGAUCUGUUGAGCUGCACCGCCGACCGACGUGGAGAAUGGAUUGCUCUCACAUCGAGCGUGGUAGACUGCAGAGGGAUGCCGGCUCACACACUGAGCGUGUGUGUGAGCAUUCUCCGAAACAUCAGACCAUCCAUGAUCCUAAAAUCCCGUAUGUGGGGCCCAUAUACGGUGGUUUGAAGACUGGAAUGUCUGUGUACUUCAAAGGAAGGGUCCUACCAAAUAACAACAGGUUCCACAUCAACCUGCAGUAUGGGGACGGGCCUCGCGCCGAUACUGCCAUGCACUUCAACCCCCGGUUCGCAGGCGGUGAGGUGGUGGUGUUUAACAGCUACCGACAUGGUGGCUGGAAAAAUGAGGAGAGGCCCCCUGGGAUGCCAUUCAUUCAGGGGGAGGCGUUUGAAAUGGUCUUCGUUGUUGCCCCAGAGGGCUACAAGGUGGUCGUAAAUGGUCAACACUACUACACGUUCAAGCACCGCAUGCCCGUGGAGCGAGUGACCACCCUGACGAUCGCUGGGGACGUCGAAAUGCAGCUCGUCAACAUCAUCGGGGGAAAACAUGGGGGCAUAUGUGGAAAUCCAGCAGAAGGAAGGAUGGUGACAAUCCCACAUCUGGAGCGCAUACAAGGUGGUUUGAAAGUCGGGAUGUCUGUGCAUAUCCAGGGAACAGUGCCCCAGGAGCUCGACAGGUUCCACGUCAACUUGCGGUGUGGGCAUAUGAGAUGCUCGGACAUUGCCUUGCACUUCAACCCCCGGUUCGCCGGCAAUGGAGUGGUGGUGUUCAACAGCUUCCAGGGUGGAGGCUGGAGAAAUGAGGAGAGGCCCGGAGAGAUGCCCUUCACUAAGGGGGAUACCUUUGACCUCAUCAUCGCUGUCACCUCAGCGGGUUACCAGGUGACUGUAAACGAUCAACACUUCUACCUGUUCAGACACCGCAUCCCAGUGAAUCGAGUGAAUGCCCUGGAGAUUGAUGGGUGUGUCUCCGUGCAUAUGGUCAACAUCACCGGGGGAGGACAAGAAGUCAGUCUGGGACAUCGAGGUGCAAGAGAGUUGGUGGUUCAUUGCAUCCCGUUCGUGGGGUCCAUCUCUGGCGGUUUGAGGGUGGGGAUGUCUAUACUCUUCUACGGAACGGUUCACCAAAACAUCAACAGGUUCCACAUCAACCUGCAGUGUGGGGAGAUGAGAUGCUCUGACAUAGCCAUGCACUUCAACCCCCGGUUCGCCGGCGAUGGGGUGGUGGUGUUCAACAGCUACCGGCACGGAUGGAAAAAUGAGGAGAGGGUCGCUCAGCCCUUCAGUAAGGGAGAGGACUUCGAGCUGGUCUUCAUCAUCACGUCAGAGGGCUACCAGGUGAACGUAAACGGUCAAGGCCUGCACUUGUUCAGGCACCGCAUGCCGGUGGAACGAGUGAAAGCCCUGGCGAUUGCGGGAGACGUCAGCAUUAAGACGGUCAACAUCAUCGAGGGAGAACCAGUACCAGAAGGUCAAGUUGGAAGAGCGAUAGUGGCCAUCCCUCACGUGAGGACCAUCCGUGGCGGUCUGAGGGUGGGGAUGACUCUGCUCUUCAAGGGAAUGGUUCUCCCGAAUAUCAACAGGUUCCACAUCAACCUGCAGUGUGGGGAGAUGAGAUGCUCUGACAUAGCCAUGCACUUCAACCCCCGGUUCGCCGGCGAUGGGGUGGUGGUGUUCAACAGCUUCCGGCACGGAUGGAAAAAUGAGGAGAGGGUCGCUCAGCCCUUCAGUAAGGGAGAGAACUUCGAGCUGCUCUUCAUCAUCACAUCAGAGGGCUACCAGGUGAAAGUAAACGGUCAAGACCUGCACUUGUUCAGGCACCGCAUGCCGGUGGAACGCGUGAAAGCCCUGGCGAUUGCGGGAGACGUCACCAUUAACUUCGCCCAAAUCAUCGGGGGAGAACCAGGAGGAUGCAUACCAGAAGUUCCAGUUGGAGGAGAGCUAGUGAGCAUCCCCUGCAUCCGGCACGUCCCUGGCGGUUUGAAGGUGGGACUGUCUCUGUACUUCAAGGUUGUGAUACCCAAUGAGCUCGACAGGUUCCACAUCAACCUGCAGUGUGGGGAAAAGGACGGCGGAGACAUAGCAAUGCACUUCAACCCCCGGUUCGCCGGCAACGGGGUGGUGGUGUUCAACACCUUCCGACAAGGCGGCUGGGAAAAUGAGGAGAGGCCCACUGAGAUGCCCUUCCUUAAGGGGGAGACCUAUGACAUAGUCAUUGUGAUCACCUCAGCGGGCUUCCAGGUGAACGUAAACGGCGUGCACUUCUACACGUUCAAGCACCGCAUGCCGGUGCAGAAAGUGGGUUCCCUGUCGGUGGCUGGGGACGUCUCCUUGCUGGCCCUCAACAUCAUCGGGGGAGGACCAGGAGGCUUCCAGGAACAGCCUGGAAAGUUGGCGAACACCCCAUAUGUGCGACCCAUCUUCGUCAGUCUGAGGUCAGGGAUGUCCUUGUACGUCCAGGGAACGGUUCCUCAACAGAUCACCCGGUUCAACAUCAACUUCAAGUGUGGGAAGUCGCCAGGCUCUGACAUAGCCUUACACUUCAACCCCCGGUUCUGUCCCUGUGAGUUGGUGGUGUUCAACAGCCUCGUGCGCCGCCAGUGGAAGAAGGAAGAAAGAGUCCGUGAGAUGCCCUUCCAAAAGGGGGAGGACUUUGAGCUGCUCAUCAAUAUCACCUCAGAGGGAUACCAGGUGAUCGUGAACGGUCAAGUUUUCUACACGUUCAUGCACCGCAUGCCCGUGGGGCGAGUGACCGCCGUGGAGAUUGAAGGGGACGUCUUUGUGCAGACCGUCGACUUCAUCGAGGGAGGACGAGGCGAUGGACGUGUUGGAGAGAUCAUGAUUUCAAAAAUCCCAUAUGUGGGGCCCAUCUCUGGUGGUUUGAGGCCGGGGAUGUCACUGUUCUUCCAGGGGACAGUUCUCGAUCGGAUCAACAGGUUCCACAUCAACCUGCAAUGUGGGCAGAUGAAAUGCUCUGACAUAGCCUUACACUUCAACCCCCGGUUCAGACACCAUGAGAUGGUGGUGUUCAACAGCUUCCAGCACGGAUGGAAACGAGAGGAGAGGGUCCAUACGAUGCCCUUCCGUAAGGGGGCGAGCUUUGAGCUGGUCAUCGCUGUCACCCCAAUCGGCUACCAGGUGCUCGUAAAUGGUCUUGAGUUCUACUUGUUCAGGCACCGCAUUCCCAUUGACAAAGUAAGAGCUCUUGAGAUUGCUGGCGACGUCACUGUUCAGACCUUCACCAUCAUCAAGGGAGAGGAGGAAAUCCCGGCACAACCAGAUCUAAAAGAAGUAUUGGACGUCCCCUGUGUGAGGCCCAUCACUGGCGGGUUGAGGGGAGGGAUGACUGUGCAAGUCAAGGGAACGAUUCCCAGUGAUAGCAACAGGUUCAGCAUCAAUCUGGACUGCGGGGAGAAGGAUGGCUCUGACAAUGCCUUACACUUCAAUCCCCGGUUCGAUUCCAAUUUGGUGGUGUUCAACACCUUCCGGAACGGCGGCUGGGAAAAUGAGGAGAGGCCCACUGAGAUGCCCCUCAGUAAGGGACAGGACUUUGAGGUCUUCAUCAUUGUCACCUCUGGCGGCUACCAGGUGAAGGUCAACGAUCAGAUCUUCUACUUGUUCAGGCACCGCAUGCCAGUCCGGAGAGUUCAGGCGGUGCGCAUUGUUGGGGACGUCUCCCUGCACCUCGUCAACAUCUUCGGGGGAGAAGGAGGCAUUGCGAUAUGCCCAGGUGUAAGGGAGAUUGUUCAGAAUACUCCAUACAUGCGGCCAAUCUCCAGUGGUUUGAAGGUGGGGAUGUCUGUGUACAUCCAGGGAAUUGUUCCCCAAAGGCUUGACAGGUUCCACAUCAACUUUAAGUGUGGGGAUAUGACAUGCUCUGACAUAGCCUUCCACUUCAACCCCCGGUUCUGUCCUGGUGAGGUGGUGGUGUGCAACAACUUCCGUCAGGGAUGGAAACAGGAGGAGAGGGUCCGUAAGAUGCCCUUCACUAAGGGAGAGGGCUUUGAGAUGGUCAUCCAGAUCACCUCACAGGGCUACCAGGUGAACGUGAACGGUCGCUUGUACUACACUUUCAAGCACCGCAUGCCGGUAGAUCGCGUGACCGUUCUGGAGAUUGGAGGGAAGGUGUUUGUGCAGACCGUCAACAUCAUCGGGGGUGUACAGCGGGGUGUGCGGGAUCUGGGUUUGGAAGAGCUGGUGGUUAAUAGCAUCCCGUUCGUGGGGCCCAUCACCAGGGGUUUGAAGGUGGGCACGGCUCUGUUCUUCCAAGGAACGGUUCACCGUAAUAUCAAAAGGUUCCACAUCAACUUGCGGUGUGGGCAGUUGAGAUGCUCUGACAUUGCCUUACACUUCAACCCCCGGUUCGGAGCUAGCGACGUGGUGGUGUUCAACAAUUUCCGCCAUGGAUGGAAGAACGAGGAGAGGGUCGCUAAGAUGCCCUUCACCAAGGGAGAGGGCUUUGAGACGAUCAUCGCUGUCACCUCAGAGGGCUUCCAGGUGAUCGUAAAUGGCGUCCUCUUCUACCUGUUCAAGCACCGCAUCCCGGUGGAGCGAGUGAGAGCCCUGGAGAUCGGCGGGGGCGUGUCCAUUCAGGCCGUCCGCAUCGUCCGCACGAACACACCAUACAUACGCCCCAUCUCUGGCGGUUUGAAGCCAGGAAUGUCUAUAACCUUACAGGGAACUGUCCCGCAUCAGGCCGACAGGUUCAGCGUCAACCUGCUGUUUGGGGACGCUGACGGCCCUGACAAUGCCUUCCACUUCAACCCACGAUUCAAGCCCUCCGAGGUGGUGGUGUUCAACUCCGCCCGCAGCGGCAGCUGGGAAGAGGAGGAGAGGGUGUAUCGGAUGCCCUUCACUAAGGGGGGCAGCUUUGAGAUAGUCAUCACUGUCACCCUUGAGGGAUACCAGGUGGAAGUAAACGGUCAGCCCUUCUACUUGUUCAAGCACCGCAUACCCGUGGAACAAGUGAAAUCCCUGGAAAUUCAUCAGGACGUCUCCAUACAUGAUAUCAACAUCUUUGAGGGAGAACCUGGUGCCAUUGGGCCAGUUCCAAGUGGGCUAGAAGAGAUGAAAAUACCAUAUGUGCGGCUUUUCCCUAAUGGAUUGAAGUGGGUGACGGGUCUUGUCUUCCUGGGAAGGGUUCCCAGUAACAUUUCGAGGUUCAGCUUCAACUUGAUGUGUGGGGACACAAAAGACAUAGCGUUACACUUCAACCCCCGGUUCGAUCCCGAUGUGGUGGUGUUCAACACCUUCCGGGGCGGCAGCUGGGAGAAUGAGGAGAGGCCCACUGAGAUGCCCCUCCGUAAGGGGGAGGACUUUGAGAUCUUCAUCCUUAUAAAAUCGCAAGGCUACCAGGUGAUCGUAAACGGUCAAAAGUUCUAUCUGUUCAAUCACCGCAUCCCACUGGAGCAAGUGACCAGCCUGGAGAUCGGAGAGGAGGUGACCCUGUACAGCGUCGAAGUUAUAGAGGAAGAAGUGCCGUUCUGUCCAGAAGUGCCAACUGUAUGUCCUGAGCCAACUGUGGGUGAGCCGCUUGUUGGUAACCUCCCGUAUCUGCGGCCCGUCUCUGGCAGUCUGAAGCCGGGGAUGUCCGUGUACUUCCAGGGAACCCUUCCCCAGAAGAUCAGAAGCUUCCAUAUCAACUUCCGGUGUGGGGACCUGAAAACCGGAGACGUAGCCUUCCACUUCAGACCCUGGUUCUGUCCCUGUGAGGUGGUGGUGAUGAACACCAUGCAGAACGGAGGCUGGCAGACGGAGGAGAGGGUCACCAAGAUGCUCUUCAGCAAGGGGGCGGGCUUCGAGAUGAUCAUCCUCAUCACAUCAGAGGGCUAUCAGGUGACCAUAAACGAUUCCAACUUCCACCUGUUCAACCACCGCAUACCUGUGGAGCAAGUGACUGCCAUCGAGAUCGGCGGGGACGUCUCUGUGCAGACUGUCGAUAUCAUCGAGGGUAUACCGAUUGGUGUCCCGAUUUGUCCAGGAGGGCUAAUAGACACGGAUAUACCGACUGGUGUCCCGAUUUGUCCAGGAGGGCUAAUAGACACGGAUGAUGAAACAGAUGAGGAAGUACUCCCUGAGAAAGAGGUGGUCAUUUGUAAAAUCCCACAAGCGCGGUCCUUCCCCAGUGGUUUGACCCUGGGGAUGAUUCUGGUCAUCGAGGGAAUUGCUCCCAUUGAUGUCCCCGGGUUCGCCAUUAACUUCAAAGGCGCGGAGCCGGGUGACAUAGCCUUGCACAUAAACGUCCGCUUCGAGCCCUCACCGGGGGUGGUGGUGUUCAACACCUUCCGCGGCGGCAACUGGGAACAGGAGGAGAGGCCCGACGGGAUGCCCUUCCGUCAAGGGGAGAAAUUUCUUCUGGUCAUCAGCAUAACCGCAGAGGGCUUCCAGGUGAACGUGAACGGUCGUCGGUUCCACUUCUUCAAGCACCGCAUGCCAGUGGAGACAGUGGGUGCAUUAAGUAUCGCUGGAGACGUCUCCAUGAAAACCGUCAACAUGAUCGGGGGAGGACGCGAAGGCGGACAGCUUCAUCCAAGCCUAGGAAGGAUAGUGGUUUCUAAAAUUCCACACGUGGGGCCCGUCUAUGGUGGUUUGAGAUCUGGAUUGUAUCUGUACUUCAAGGGAACCGUUCCCCAAGAAAUCAAAAGAUUCCAUAUCAACCUGCAGUAUGGGCAGAUGAAAGGAUGCGACAAGGCCUUACACUUCAACCCCCGGUUCGAGCCCGAAGAGGUGGUGGUGUUCAACUCCUUCCGGAAUGGCAGCUGGGAACAGGAGGAGAGGCCUGCUGAGAUGCCCUUCACUAAGGGAGAGGACUUUGAGCUGGUCUUCAUCAUCACCUCAGAAGGCUACCAGGUGAACGUAAAUGGCCGUCAAUUCUACUUGUUCAAGCACCGCAUGCCAGUGGAACAAGUGAAUGCCAUAAAGAUCGCUGGGGAAGUCUCCAUGGAGACCGUCAACUUGACUGAGGUGAAGAAAAGCAAGGAACAACCAGAGCAAGAAGACACAGUGAAAAUCCCACAUUUGCGGUCCGUCCAUGGUGGUUUGAGGUCAGGGACGUAUCUGUACUUCAAGGGCACCAUUCCCCAAGAGAUUAAAAGGUUCCACAUCAACCUGCAGUACGGAGAGAAGAAAGGCUGUGACAAGGCCUUACACUUCAACCCCCGAUUCGAACCCGAAGAGGUGGUGGUGUUCAACAGCUUCCGGAAUGGCAGCUGGGAACAGGAGGAGAGGCCCUCUGAGAUGCCCUUCCGUAAGGGAGAGGACUUUGAGCUCUUCAUCUUUGUCACCGCAGAGGGAUACCAGGUCAAUGUAAACGGUCGUCAGUUCCACUUGUUCAACCACCGCAUGCCGGUGGACCAAGUGAGUGCCCUGAACGUUGUUGGGGACGUCUCCAUGAAAACCGCCAAUGUCAUCAAGAGAGGACCAGGAGCUGUAGAGGGAAAACCAGAUCUAGGAACGAUGGUGGUCAGUAAAAUCCCACACGUGGGGUCCCUCUUCGGUGGUUUGAGGCCAGGGAUGUAUCUGUACUUCCGAGGAACUGUUCCUCAAGAGAUUGAAAGGUUCCACAUCAACCUGCAGUAUGGGAAAAUGAAAGGCUGUGACAAGGCCUUACACUUCAACCCCCGGUUCAAGCCCGAAGAGGUGGUGGUGUUCAACAGCUUCCGGAACGGUGGCUGGGAAAAUGAGGAGAGGCCCACUGAGAUGCCCUUCCGUAAGGGAGAGGACUUUGAGCUGGUCUUCUUUAUCACCGCAGAGGGCUACCAGGUGUACGUAAAUGGUCGUCACUUCCACUUGUUCAACCACCGCAUGCCAGUGGAGCAAGUGAGCGCCAUUAAGAUCGUCGGGGACGUCUCUGUGCAGAAACUUCACACAAUCAAGAGAGUACCAGGACAUAGACAACCAGGUUUUGGACAGAUGGCGAUUCGUAAAAUUCCACAUGUGGGGCGUCUCUUUGGUGGCCUGAGACCGGGGAUGUCUUUGUACUUCCGGGGAACUGUUCCCAAGAACAUCAACAGGUUCCACAUCAACCUGCAGUGUGGGGAGAAGGAAGGCGGAGACACAGCCAUGCACUUCAACCCCCGGUUUGCCGGCAACGGGGUGGUGGUGUUCAACACCUUCCGGAAUGGUGGCUGGGAAAAUGAGGAGAGGCCCACUGAGAUGCCCUUCCGUGAGGGAGAGCAGUUUGUGUUGGUCUUCAUUGUCACCUCAGAGGGCUAUCAGGUGAAUGUAAACGGUCGUGAGUUUUACUUGUUCAAGCACCGAAUUCCACUGGAGCACGUGAGUGCCAUAAAGAUUGCUGGGGAAGUCUCCAUUGAGACUGGCGAAAUCACCCAGGGUGAAGAAGAGGAACCAGAAAAAGAAAAGGAAGAAAAGAUUGUUCCUAGCAUCCCACACGUGGGGCCCAUCUCCGGUGGUCUGAGGCCAGGGAUGUCUUUGUGCUUCUCUGGAACCAUUCCCGAGGAGGCCAAUAGGUUCAGCAUCAAUCUGCAUUGUGGGGACGAAGAAGGCUGUGACAAUGCCUUCCACUUCAACCCCCGAUUUGAGCCUUCAGGCGUGGUGGUGUUCAACACCUUCCGGAACGGCAGCUGGGAAAAUGAGGAGCGGGUCGAGGACAUGCCCUUCCAGCCCGGGGAUAACUUUGAGCUGGUCUUCAUUGUCACGUCAGAGGGCUACAAGGUGAAAGUAAACGAUCGGAAGUUCUACUUGUUCAAGCACCGCAUGCCAAUGGAAAAUGUGACCACCAUCAGGAUCUUUGCGGAUGUCUCCAUUCAAACCAUCAACAUCACAGAGGGAGGAACAGGAGCCAUGCAGGGACGUCUUACUCAAGGAAAGAUAGUGGUGGAUAAAAUGCCAUUUGUGGAGCACCUGCACCACAGCUUGAAGACGGGGAUGUACAUGUACUUCCGAGGAAAGGUUGAUGAUGACAUCAAAAGGUUCCACAUCAACUUGCAAAAUGGAGACAUGAAAGGUUGUGCAAAGGCUCUACACUUCAACCCCAGAUUCAAGCCCAAUGAGGUGGUGGUGUUUAACACCUUCCAGAACGGCAAAUGGGGAAAAGAGGAGAGGGUCAAUGAGAUGCCCUUCCGUAAGGGAGAGGAGUUUGAGCUGGUCAUCAUUGUCACCGCAAAGGGCUACCAGGUGAUCGUAAACGGUCGUCGGUUCUACAUGUUUAAGCACCGCUUGCCAGUGAACCAAGUGAGUGCCCUAAAGAUCGCUGGGGAUGUCUCCAUGGAAACCAUUGACAUGACCGAGAUAUGCCUUCAGGGAUAUCAAGGUCGAUACAAGAUGGCGGUGACUAAAAUCCCACACGUGAGCCCCGUCUUGGGUGGUUUGAGGCCAGGGAUGUAUCUGUACUUCCGGGGAACAGUUCCUGAAGAGAUCAACAGGUUCCACAUCAACCUGCAGUAUGGGCAGGGCAAAGGCUGUGACAAGGCCUUACACUUCAACCCCCGGUUCACGCCCGAAGAGGUGGUGGUGUUCAACUCCUUCCGGAACGGUGGAUGGCAACAGGAGGAGAGGUCCUCUGAGAUGCCCUUCCGUAAGGGAGAGGAGUUUGAGCUGCUCUUCAUCAUCACUUCAGAGGGCUACCAGGUGAUCGUAAAUGGUCGUCCAUUCUACUUGUUCAAGCACCGCAUGCUGGUGGAGAAUGUGGCUGCCAUAAAGAUCGUUGGAGACAUCUCCAUAAAAACCGCUAACAUGAUCGGGGGGGGAGAAGGAGGCGUGCAUCCAAGUCUAGGAAAGAUGGUUGUUGAAAGCAUCCCUCAUGUUGGGCCCGUCUAUGGCGGUUUGUGGCCGGGGAUGUUCGUGGUCUUCCGUGGAACAGUUCCUCAGGAGAUCAAAAGCUUUUCCAUCAACCUGCAGUAUGGACAGAUUGAAGGAUGUGACACAGCCUUACACUUCAAUCCCCGGUUCGAGCCCGAAGAGGUGGUGGUGCUCAACUCCUUCCGGAACGGCAGCUGGGAAAAUGAGGAGAGGCCCACUGAGAUGCCCUUCCGUAAGGGAGAGGACUUUGAGAUCGUUUUCGUGAUCACCUCAGAGGGUUACCAGGUGUACGUAAACGGUCGUUACUUCUGCUUGUUCAAGCACCGCAUGCCAGUGGAGCAUGUGAGUGCCAUUAAGAUAGUUGGGGAAGUCACCAUGAAAACCGUCGACAUGACUGAGCAAGGAAAAGGAGCACCUGAACUGCCACCUCCAGUGCCAGUGGUCGUUAGUACCACCCCACAGUUGGAGCCCAUCACUGGCGGACUGAAGCCUGGGAUGUAUCUGUACUUCAAGGGAACCGUUCCUCAAGAGAUCAAACGUUUUUCCAUCAACCUGCAGAAUGGGCAGAUUAAAGGAUGUGACAAGGCCCUACACUUCAACCCCCGGUUUGACACUGAAGAGGUGGUGGUGUUCAACAGCUUCAAGAAUGGCAGCUGGGAAAAUGAGGAGAGGCCCUCUGAGAUGCCCUUCUGUAAGGGAGAGGACUUUGAGAUAGUCAUAAUUGUCACCACCGAGGGAUACCAGGUGAACGUAAACGGUCGUCAGUUCCACUUCUUCAAGCAUCGCAUACCGCUGGAGCAAGUGAGCGCCAUUAAGAUCGCUGGAGAUGUUGCCAUACAGAGCAUCAACACGAUUCAGGGAGGACCGAAACAACCAGGUCUGGGAAAGAUUGUGAUUAGUAAAAUCCCACAUUUGGCACCAGUCUACGGCGGUUUGAGACCAGGAAUGUAUCUGUACUUCAAGGGAACCAUUCCCCAAGAUAUCAAGAGGUUUGCCAUCAACCUGCAGUAUGGACAGAUUAAAGGAUGUGACAAAGCCUUACACUUCAAUCCCCGGUUCGAACCCGAAGAGGUGGUGGUGUUCAACAGCUUCAAGAACGGCAGCUGGGAAAAUGAGGAGAGGCCCUCUGAGAUGCCCUUCCGUAAGGGAGAGGACUUUGAGCUGAUCUUCUUCAUCACCAGAAAGGGAUACCAGGUGAACGUAAACGGCCGUCAGUUCCACUUCUUCGAGCACCGCAUGCCGGUGGACCAAGUGAGCGCCAUUAAGAUUGUUGGGGAAGUCACCAUGCAAACCCUCAAUAUGAUCGAGGGAGGACAACCUGUGGAUGCAACUCCAGGCCAAGGGACGAUUGCAAUUAAGAAAAUCCCACAUGUGGGGCCUGUAUAUGGCGGUUUGAGGCCAGGGAUGUCUCUGUUCUUCCUGGGAACAGUUCCUGAAGACAUCAAGAGUUUUGCCAUCAACCUGCAGUAUGGAACGAUGACAGACUCUGACAUAGCCUUCCACUUCAACCCCCGCUUCGAGCCCUCAGAGAAGGUGGUGGUGUUCAACAGCUUCAAAAAUGGCAGCUGGGAGAAUGAGGAGAGGGUCAAUCAGAUGCCCUUCCAACCAGGGACGAACUUUGGGCUGGUCUUCAUUGUCACCAAACAAGGCUACAAGGUGCUCAUAAAUGGCGAACGAUUCUACGUGUUCAAGCAUCGCAUGCCGGUUCAGCAAGUCAGUGCCCUAAAGAUCACUGGUACCAUCUUAAUUAUGGCCGCCCGCAUGAUUGAGGUAGAAGAUGUAGACGAAGAAGAAGAACCCGAGGAAGAAGAAGUAGAGGAGAAGGAAAAACCAGCUGAAGAAGAAGAACCCAAGGAAGAAGAAGUAGAAGAGAAGGAAAAACCAGCUGAAGAAGAAGAACCCAAGGAAGAAGAAGUGGAAGAGAAGGAGAAACCAGUUGAAGAAGAAGAACCCAAGGAAGAAAAACCAGCUGAAAAAGAAGAAGAACUAGAGGAGGAGGAAGUCCUCUCGGGUGAUGUGAAGCCUGGGAUGGCUGUGUAUUUCAAGGGAACUGUUCCAAAUGAGAUCACACGUUUUGCCGUCGACCUGCGGUGUGGGGACACGAAAGACUCUGACAUAGCCUUCCGGUUCGAGUCCCGGUUCGAGCCCUCCGAGGUGCUGGUGUUCAACAGCUUCAAGAAUGGCAGCUGGGAAGAGGAGGAGAGGGUCAAUGAGAUGCCCUUCCGUAGGGGGGAGAGCUUUGAGCUGGUCUUCCAUGUCUUAGAAGAGGGCUACCAGGUGUAUGUAGCCCGUCGCAAGAUCUACUUGUUCAAGCACCGUAUACCAGUGGAGCAGGUGACCUCUGUGCAGGUCAUUGGGGAGAUCUCCAUGCAGACCUCCAACCUCCUUAAUAUUGGACAAUUCACAAUGACGCAGGAACCAGAUGAUGAUGUGGAUGAGACCACCCAAGUUAUGAUGUCCAUCCCAGGCAGUCUGAAGUCUGGGUUGUCAAUGUCCUUCCAGGGAAUGAUUCCCGAUGAGAGCACCAGGUUCACCAUUGACCUGCAGUGUGGAGACACUGAGGGCUGUGACACAGCGUUCCGCUUCAACCCCCGGCUGGAGACCUCAGAGGUGGUGUUCAACAGCUUCAGAAAUGGCAGCUGGGAAGAAGAGGAGAAGGUCGUCGAGAUGCCCUUCAUUAAGGGAGAGAGCUUUUUGCUGGUCUUCAUGUUGAAGUCUGAUGGCUACCAGGUGAAUGUGAAUGGUUGUCCAUUGUACAUGUUCAAGCACCGAAUGGUGUUGGAGCAAGUGCGUGGCAUUAGGAUCUUCGGUGGCGUCUCCAUUCAGAAUGUCAACAUCGUCGAGAUAGUACAAGAGGUAAUAGAAAUACCGGAAGAAGAAACCGAGGCCAUCCAGGCUGAGGCACCCAUCCCAGGCAGUUUGAAGGCAGGGACGACACUGACCCUCCUGGGAACGAUUCCUGAAGAGACCAAGAGUUUCAGCAUCAACCUGCAGUGUGGGGAGGCUGCAGGCUGCGACACAGCGUUCCACUUCAACCCCAAAUUUGAGACCUCAGAGGUGGAGUUCAACACCUUCCGAAAUGGCAGCUGGGAAGAGGCUGAGAAGGUUGAUAACAUGCCCUUCACUCAGGGGAAGGAGUUUGAGCUGACCUAUAUUAUCACCGCAGAAGGGUACCAGGUGAACGUAAAUGGUGCCGAGUUCUACUUGUUCAAGCACCGCAUAUCGGUGGACCAAGUGAAAGUCCUGCAGAUCGCUGGAGACGUUUCUGUGACGGCCAUCAACAUCGUAGAGGGAGCCGGACAAUAUCCAACUCCAGCAGAACUGGGGACCGUCCAAACCAACAUACCUGUCCCAGGCUGUUUGAAGACAUGGAUGACAGUGUCCCUCCAGGGGUUGGUUCCCGCUGAGACCGACAGUUUCAGCAUCAACCUGCAGUGUGGAGACACCCAAGGCUGUGAUACAGCGUUCCACUUCAGCUCUCAGUUCAAGACCUCAGAGCUGGUGUUCAACAGCUUCCGUAAGGGCCACUGGGAAGAGGAGGAGCGGGUUGCCCAGAUGCCCUUCAAAACUGGGGAGAACUUCACGCUGGACUAUACUAUCACCUUAGAGGGUUACGAGGUGUCUGUAAAUGGUCACUUCAUCCACACGUUUAUGCACCGCAUGCCAGUAGCGCAAGUGAGUCUGAUGCAGAUCAUUGGAGACGUGUCCAUCAUAGCCAUCAACAUCAUCGAGACUUCCCCAUCUGUGACACCUCUUCCAAGUGGUUUGAAGCCAGGGACAGCUGUGAUCUUCCAGGGAGUACUUCCCAGUGAAAGCAACAGGUUCAGCAUCGACUUGCAGUGUGGAGAGACUGAAGGCUGUGACACAGCCUUCCAAUUCCAGCCCCAGUUAGAGCCUGAAGAGGUGGUGGUGUGCAACAGCUUCCAGAACGGCAGUUGGGAAACUGAGGAGAGGCUCACUGAGAUGCCCUUCCGUAAGGGAGAGGACUUUGAGCUGGUCUACAAUAUCACCGCAGAGGGCUACCAGGUGAAAGUAAAUGGUCAGCAGUACCACAUGUUUAAGCACCGCAUACCAGUAGAGCAAGUGAGAGCCCUUCUGGUCGCCGGGAACGUCAGCGUGCCAGCUGUCCACAUCAUAGAGGGAGAACCAUUCAUUAUGGAGGAAACUGCUUUUGAAACGGUGGUUAUUUGCGCCCCCUACGUGAUGCCCAUCCCGGGCGGCUUUAAGGAAGCGUCGUCCGUGAACUUCCGGGGCUCCAUCCCCGAGGGGAUCCCCAGCUUCAGCAUCGACCUGCAGUGCGGGGAGGCGGACGGCUCCGACACGGCCCUGCGCUUCAACCCCCAGUUCGAGCCCGCGGAGGCGGUGGUGUUCAACAGCUUCCGCGGCGGCAGCUGGGAGACAGAGGAGAGGGUGGACGCCAUGCCCUUCCGCCGGGGGGAGAGCUUCGAAGUGACCUUCCACAUCACCCCUGAGGGCUACCAGGUGAAAGUGAACGGUGCUGAGCUCCACAUGUUCAAGCACCGCAUUCCGGUGGAGCAAGUGAGUGCCCUGAAGAUAGUGGGGAACGUCACCGUGGAGACCGUAAACAUCAUCGAGGGAGACUUCGGUGCGGUGCCGCCAUCUUGCUUCGGUCAGAUCGAGGCUACUGGAUCUAUUGGUGGUGAGACAUGGACCUGUGGUGUUGCAGAGGUGGAAAGAGGAGAUGGCCCAAUUUAAUCCUUUCCAGGAGUGACAGUAUUUGAUGUGAGUGGACACGAUUACAUCCCUGUGGACUUAAUAAAGAGUCUUUGUUCCAGUCCUGAGUUUUUCUGCGUUAGUCCAUAGCAAAAUGUGGCAUUUAAUAUACAGUUAAAUGCAAAAGUAUUAGGACAAUUGAUUUUGUUUAACAUUGCAUUGAGCUAUAUUGCAACAGUGCCACUCAGUGACUCAAAUCCCCUUAUUUCAAGCCAGCGUAAGCACUGGGACAAAGGAAGCUUUGACAAAUUUAAUGGCUUAUUGGUUAAAUAAUGGUUAUAGCUUGAUUUGAAAUACAAAUAGGAUUAGCACAGAGGAAAAACAACCAAUAUGCCACAAUACUGUCCCAUUACUUUUGGAUUCUCUCCUCUUCCUUUCUAUCUCUUAUUUUUGUUUUCUUGAAACUGUCUUUCUCUCGCUCACUCACUCUCUCAGUUUUCAAUGCACUGUGAGAAUCAGAGGUUUAAAGUCUCUCUCUCUCUCUCUCCCUCUCAGAUCUUGGUGCACUGUGGGAAUCGGGAGUUUAAACGGGAAGCACAUGUAUGACUCCUUCCACCAUUUCCAGCCCUUCACCCAAAUUUGAUGUCUGGAGAUGUAUGAUGUCAUUUUUCUGGCUACCCCGUUCUGAUGCCACUGUUCUGAUACCCUGCUCUUUGAUGUCACUGUUCUGAUACCCUCUCUGAUACCCUCCUCUGUUUGUCACUGGUGUUAGGGGCUCUGUUUCACAAAUUCAGUUAAUAAACGUUGUCAUGCAUUCUAAA